AUGCCGCUAUGGAACCUAGUCGCCGCUGCCGCCGCGGCCGCGGCGCUCCGGCCUCCGGCGGCCACAGCUGCAGCUUCUCUUGCGCCGUCCCAUCCAUUACACUGCCCUUUCCCAGCUCAGCGACUGCCCCGUUUUGCUGCCUCCCGGCCUUCAUGGGUCCUUUCUAGCGGUGUCGAGGAUACAUUCAGCUUGUUCAUCCUAUUUGCCUGCUUCGUCACUGCUUUUGCUGGAUCUGAUAUAAAGAAUCUAUAUGCUCUGAAGGAUGAACUCGUUGAAUCAAAGCAAUUCCUUUGGGACUGGUUCGAUACAGAAACUCCUCCAUGCAUGUGGUCACAUAUCACUUGUGUGGACAAUGCUGUUGCAGCCAUUGAUUUGUCAUAUAUGCCGCUCCAUGUUCCUUUCCCAUUAUGCAUCACGGCAUUCCAGUCACUUGUUCGUCUCAACUUAAGUAGGUGUGAUUUAUUCGGUGAGAUUCCAGAAGCCUUGGGAAAUUUGACGCAUCUCCAGUACCUGGACUUGAGCAGCAACCAGCUUACUGGGAUCGUGCCUUACACAUUAUAUGAUUUGAAGAUGCUGAAAGAAAUACUGUUAGACAGAAACAGCUUGUCUGGACAAUUGAUCCCUGCCAUUGCUAAGCUUCAGCAACUCGCUAAGUUAACCAUAUCCAAGAACAACAUCUCUGGACAACUUCCUCAAGAGAUGGGCAGUCUGAAGGACCUAGAGGUCCUGGACUUUCACCAGAACUGCUUCAAUGGAUCAAUACCAGAAGCAUUAGGCAACCUGUCUCAGCUCUUCUACCUUGAUGCAAGCAAGAAUCAGCUCACUGGAUCAAUAUUUCCAGGAAUAAGCACAUUGUUGAACCUGCUGACACUUGAAUUAUCUUCAAAUUUUUUGGCGGGGCCAAUACCUAAGGAGAUUUCUCGCCUGGAAAAUCUAGAGAGCUUGGUUCUGGGGUCCAACAAUUUCACUGGAAGCAUUCCAAAGGAGAUUGGUAACCUGAAGAAGCUAAGAAAACUCAUUCUCUCUAAAUGCAACUUAUCAGGCACCAUCCCUUGGUCAAUUGGUGGUCUUAAAAGCCUACAGGAAUUUGAUAUAUCAGAUAACAACUUCAAUUCAGAACUCCCAGCAUCUAUUGGUGAGCUGGGAAAUCUGACUGUCCUGGUUGCAAUGAGAGCAAAGCUCAUAGGCAGCAUACCAGAAGAACUUGGUAACUGCAAGAAGCUUACUCACCUGCGUCUGUCCUUCAAUGCCUUCACUGGUUGUAUGCCCAAAGAACUUGCAGGUUUAGAAGCUAUUGUCCGUUUUGAGGUGGAAGGUAACAAUCUGUCAGGUCAUAUUGCUGAUUGGAUUCAAAACUGGGGAAAUGUUGUAUCUAUAAGACUGGGAAAUAACAAGUUCAAUGGUUCUAUACCUCCUGGCAUAUGUCAAGCCAACUCGCUUCAGUCACUCGACUUGAAUUUUAACAAUCUGACAGGGAGUAUCAAGGAGACAUUUAUGAGGUGCAGGAACCUUACUCAACUGAAUUUGCAAGGCAACCAUUUCCAUGGUGAGAUACCAGAAUACUUGGCUGAGUUACCGCUCACAAUUCUGCAAUUGCGCUACAACAAUUUUACAGGAGCCUUGCCUGCCAAGUUGUUUAAUUCAUCAACAAUUUUGGAGAUAGAUCUCAGCUAUAAUAAGCUCACUGGCUGUAUUCCUGAGAGCAUUGGUGAGCUCCGCGGCUUGCAGAGGUUGCGGAUGAGCAGUAACUGCUUGGAAGGACCAAUCCCGCCGGCGAUAGGUGCUCUAAAGAAUUUGAAUGAAAUUUGUCUUGAUGGGAAUAGACUAUCUGGGAACAUCCCGCAAGAGCUCUUCAACUGCAGAAACCUAGUCAAGCUAAACCUGAGCUCUAAUAAUCUGAACGGAACCAUCUCGAGAUCCAUAUCUCAAUUGACUUCACUCACUGGCUUGGUUUUGUCUCACAACCAACUCUCUGGUUCCAUUCCUGCUGAGAUAUGUGGGGGAUUCACGAAUCCAUCUCACCCUGAAUCAGACAAGACCCUGAACCUUCUGGAUGUCAGUAACAACAACCUCUCUGGUAAAAUCCCGUCAUCUUGUACUGGGUUUGAAGGAUCAUCGAGCCAACUGAUCUUGUUCAAUGCAAGCAGUAACCAUUUCUCAGGGAGCCUAGAUGGAUCUAUCUUAAAUUUUGCACAUUUGUCUUCUCUUGAUAUCCACAACAAUAGCCUCAACGGGAGCUUGCCAGCAGCACUGUCCAAUCUCAGUUUGUACUACCUUGAUGUCUCAAAGAAUGAUUUCAGUGGUGCCAUCCCUUGUGGUAUGUGCAAUCUAUCUAACAUUACGUUUGUCGAUUUCUCUGGUAAAAUUAUUGGCAUGCGUAGCUUCUCAGAUUGUGCAGCAUCAGGCAUUUGUGCUGCUAAUAGUACCAGUACCAAUCAUGUGGAGGUUCAUAUACCUCAUGGAGUUGUAAUAGCACUGAUCAUUAGUGGCGCCAUUCUCAUUGUGGUUCUUCUUGUGGUUUUUGUGACAUGGAUGAUGUUGACAAACAGGUCAUUACCUCUUGUAUCUGCCAGUGAAUCCAAGGCUACAAUUGAGCUUGAGCCAACCUCCAGUAAAGAGCUCCUAGGAAAAAAGUCAAGGGAACCUCUGAGCAUCAAUCUUUCUACAUUUGAGCAUGGACUGCUGAGGGUUACCAUGGAUGAUAUCCUGAAAGCUACCAAUAAUUUCAGCGAGGUGCACAUCAUAGGCCAUGGUGGGUUUGGGACUGUCUAUGAAGCAGCAUUCCCUGAAGGACAGAGGGUCGCUAUCAAGAGGCUUCAUGGUAGCUACCAGUUCCUUGGUGACCGUCAAUUCCUUGCUGAGAUGGAGACCAUUGGAAAGGUGAAGCAUCAUAACCUUGUUCCCCUAGUUGGCUACUGCGCUCGUGGUGAUGAGCGUUUCCUGAUCUAUGAAUACAUGCAUCAUGGGAGCCUUGAGACGUGGCUGAGGAACCAUGAAAAUACACCUGAAACAAUUGGAUGGCGUGAACGCCUCAGGAUCUGCCUCGGUUCUGCUAAUGGACUCAUGUUCCUCCACCAUGGCUUUGUGCCCCAUAUCAUCCAUCGGGACAUGAAGUCAAGCAACAUUCUAUUGGAUGAGAACAUGGAGCCGAGGAUCUCUGACUUUGGCCUUGCAAGGAUAAUCAGUGCCUAUGACACCCAUGUUAGCACCACCGCCUCUCUGCACGCUUUUGGUUACAUUCCCCAGAAUAUGCGCUGA